AUGCCUCGACCGAAUAACGCGCAGCUCGAGAACGCCAUCACUAAAGAUCCACCAACUCCACCAGCUUUACCGACGUUACCAACUUUACCGGCGUUACCACCACCGCCACCGAAUCCGCCUGCUUUACCCGAACAACAGAAACGCAAUCGCGACGACCGAGCACAAGAGAAUCAUGCUCCCAAAGCAAGGAAAAGCGUCAACAUGAUAAUGGGGGCCAUCGAAGCUUGCAGCUACUCUGUUCGAGCUAUCAAAGAAUACAGUAGACAGACCGCCAGCGCGCCCAAAGUCCCACAAGAUCCGCCGAAGAGGACGCCUUUGGUAUUUACCAAAGCCGACACAAUCGUGCUGCAUAAACCGCAUAACGACGCCCUCGUCGUUGAACUACUUCUCGACGACGUCGAAGUUAGCCGCAUUCUGGUCGAUACAGGCAGUUCGGUCAACAUCAUCUUCAAGGAGGCACUCGAUCAGCUUGAUUUAUCGUCCGAUAGGAUUGAGCCUUUUAUCGAGCCACUUACAGGUUUCGAUGGAGAUCGUUGCAUGACGGUCGGCAUGGUCAACAUCCCAAUCUACCUCAGUGGAAUCGCAAAGAUUAUCCAGUUCCUCAUCCUCGACAAACCGGCGAUCUUCAACGCUAUUCUCAGUACGCCUUGGUUACACGCGAUGAAAGCGGUCGCCUCGACGUACCAUCAAUGCCUGAAGUUCCCGACUCCCGAUGGUGUCUACACUCUCCGAAGAAACCAAGUCGUCGCUCGAUCAUGCUACAUAAACGAAUGCAAACUUCAUUUAGUAGACCAAGCUUGUGUCAUCAGUUCGUUAGGACCGACGAACGAGCUCGUUGUCCAGCAGGCAAAACCUAAGCAGGAGUCGAUUGUUCAAGUUUGCAUCGACGAACUAAGACCAGAGCGUCAAGUCGGAAUCGGCGCCGAACUCGACCCACACAUCCGCGAGCCACUUAUUCACUUUCUGAAACAGCAUUCGUCAACCUUUGCUUGGUCGCCAAUUAAGCAGAAACGCCGAAAGCUCGGACCAGAGAAGGCACAGGCCGUCAACGAUGAAGUCGAGCGGUUGCUCAAAGCAGGAUCCAUCACCGAAGUCAAAUAUCCCGAUUGGUUAGCAAACCCCGUAGUAGUCAAGAAGAAGAAUGGUAAAUGGAGAAUCUGCGUCGACUUUACCGAUCUCAAUAAGGCGUGUCCGAAAGAUAGCUUUCCUUUGCCUCAUAUCGACCACCUUGUGGAAGCGACUGCCGGGAACAAACUACUCUUGUUCAUGGACGCAUUCUCCGGAUAUAAUCAGAUUCUUAUGCAUCCGCAAGAUCGAGAAAAGACGUCGUUCAUCACAGACCGCGGCAUAUACUGCUAUAAGGUCAUGCCCUUUGGCCUGAAGAAUGCUGGAGCAACGUACCAACGACUGGUAAACCGGAUGUUCGCAAGCCAGCUCGGGCGAACUAUGGAAGUUUACAUCGAUGAUAUGCUUGUGAAAUCACUCAUCGCUUCCGAUCACGCCGGUCAUCUUCGCACAUGCUUCGACAUCUUGGACCAGUAUGGCAUGAAGCUUAAUCCCACUAAGAUAAAAUUAUGUUCAAACAUCAUCUACUACAUACCGAUCUAG